AGAACCGUGCAUGCUCGAGCAGCAAGGUUAUUCGGUAUUCAGCCUCGGCUCGAGUCUUUCGCCGUCAGGAGGGCAGGAGCCUGUGAUUUUUGAGGUCACAAAUGGAUCAAGCCAGGACAACCAUCUCCAAAAUCUUCAAUGGGGAACCACGUUCCUACACGCGCUUUAACCUGACCCAGAACAUGGAGGGCGACAACAGCCAUGUGGAGAUGAAGCUGUCGUCUGACAUGGAUGAAGAGGUGGAGGCGAACGGUGUUGGGGAAAACCAACGUAAUGGUCAAUAUUACCCCAGCAAGCUGAACCAGCGCUCUCCCAAAACUGUCUGCGGAUUCGUCGUUGGCAUUCUGCUCCUCUUCCUUUUUGGAUACCUCAUUGGUUACAUGUCUAAUAAAAGCACAGGCAAAACUGAAAUCAAGACAGAUUGUCCGGUGUUUAGUGAGACGGCUCCGGUGAGACCAGAAAUCGCUGUUUCGUUGGACUGGAGUGAUCUCAGGGCAUUGCUCAAAAGGAAACUGACAACUGAAAACAUUAACAGCAACUUCAAGGAGUUUUCUAGUCUCAGUCACCAGGCGGGAAGCUCAGGUGAUGAGAUGCUGGCUAAUAAAAUCAUGGGGAAAUUCAAAACAUUGGGAAUGAACCCCUGGACCGAUGAGCACUAUGUGAAAGUCCACGAUCCCGGUGCAUCCAAUAACAGAGUGCUCUUCCGUAACAAUGUGGUGGGAACAACCGAGGGCUAUCUGGCCUACAGUGCUAUUAAAACAGUGCAGGGCGCAGCUCUGUAUGCCCAUUAUGGACGGGCAGAGGAUUUCAGACGCCUGCAAGAGGUCAGUGCUGAUGUGAGUGAAAAGGUGGUCUUGGUCAGAGCUGGACUGCUCAGUUAUGCUGAAAAGGUUGCGAAUGCUGCUAGCUUGAAUGCUAGUGCCGUGCUGAUUUACCCAGAUCCUGUUAACUACCAAAUUAAAGAAAACACUGCUCUUUUUGGCCAUGUCCAUCUUGGCACUGGUGACCCUUACACUCCAGGUUUCCCUUCAUUCAAUCAUACCCAGUUUCCACCAGCUCAGUCUUCCGGCUUGCCCAGCAUCCCAGCACAAACCAUCACCACCAAACAGGCUUCUGAGAUCAUGAGUAAGUUAGGUGGUCGAAGUUCCCCAAGAGAAUGGAGUGAUGGGAUGCUCGCGGACACUCAGUACCUGCUCGGCGAUAAAGAUGACAUCAUCACAGUGGAAGUCAACAACGUCCUCGUUCAGAAAAAAAUCCACAAUGUGUUUGGAGUCAUUAAAGGUUAUUUGGAUGCAGACCGCUAUUUGGUGAUCGGGGUCCAGAGAGAUGCAUGGGGUCCGGGAUUUGCCCGAAGCACAGUUGGCACUAGUUUACUGGUGGAGUUGGCCAGAACUAUCACAGACAUGAUCAAGAAUGAUGGAUUCAAACCAAAGAGGAGCAUCGUUUUUGCAAGCUGGAGUGCUGGUGAAUUUGGAGGUGUCGGAGCCACAGAGUGGUUGGAGGGUUACCUGAAUUCUUUGAAUUUGAAGAUGUUUUCUUACAUCAGCCUCGAUGACCUCAUCUCAGGUUCGGACUCUUUCAAAGCUGCUGCCAGUCCACUGCUGUAUGAUUUACUGGAGAGCACAAUGAAGCAGGUCUCAUCUCCAACCGAUUCAACCAAAUCCUUGCAUGAACAGUUUGCAGGAUCCAACUGGGAGAAGUCUGUGAUUGAGCCCAUGGGUUUGUCUCACCCUUCCUAUGCGUUCCAGACCUUCUCAGGCAUCCCGUCACUGUCAUUUCGAUUUUUUACAAAUUCAAGGUUUUACCCGUUUGGUACAUUCGAGGAUACCAACCAGAAUCUAGAUCUGUUCACGUCCCGCAAGACUUUGGUGCUGGCCAAGGCGGCCGGUGAGGUGGCAGGACUGGUCACUCUUCGGCUGGUGCAUGACCACUUGCUCAAGCUCAACGUGGCAAAGUACACCACCAUCAUCCGCAGCUACGUGUCCCAGAUCAGGUCUAAAGUUGAAUCACGCCAAAUGUCUGGCCGCCUUCCUCCAACGUUGACAAUGCAGUGGCUUCUGUCAGCUCAGGGUUCAUAUGAUCGUGCUGCGAGCGCUCUUACUUCUGCCAUCCGAAACAGCGAUCUUGAUGACAUGGAGCAGUGUCGCAUCAUCAACAAUCGCAUUAUGAGGGUGGAAGGCAGUCUGCUCUCUCCAUACGUGUCUCCCCGUCAGACUCUGUUCCGGCACAUUCUGCUGGGCUCCGGCUCGCACACACUGGCAGCUCUGCUGGAUCACCUCGAAGCCAUUAAAGGAGGCCUGGAAUCUGCUGACAUCGACCAGUUCAAGAACCAGUUCGCUCUCGCCACCUGGACCAUCCAGGGCUGUGCCAAUGCGUUGGCAGGGGAAGUCUGGGAUUUGGAUAAUCAAAUUUAGCUUCAGCUCACCUCUUUAGGUUUACAACUGUUUUCCAUCAGUCAAGACAAUACAAACAAAAUGAUAUUGGUGCUCUAUUUACAUGAAUUUUAUGGUUAGGUUUAGCUCACUAUUUAAAGCAGUAGUUGACCAAAACGUUAUUAAAAUUUAUCAAGAAUUCAAGAAUUUAUUCUGUGGUACACAAAAUAAGGAUCAUUUGAAUGUACUAGUUGCUGUUUUCCAAGAAGUUACCUAAGCUUUCAAGCUUCAAAAUUGCGUAACUUAUUAUCAAAGUAGUUUAUAUCAUUAAUUUGUCCUCUAAACAUAAAUAUGUUUCUUUUUAAAUGAGGUCAAUGUACAAAAAAGCUGGUUAAGUAUGUCCCUUUACAGUAGUCUACCGUAUUUAACAUUUGAAGAGAAUCAAAAGUGUUUAUCGAAAUUGUCCUAUUACAAGAAAUGGGUGUUGUGAAAUUGUAUUGGAACAUUUUCGAUUAAAAGGUUUUGGUCCACUUCAAAUGUUGACUACUGUAGUUUAUUAAAUCAAAAGUUUCGGUCUCAACAGUAUUUAUUUAUAAAAAUAAAAAUAGGCUUAAGUUAGACAAUCAAAGCUGCGUCCGAAAUCAUACACUACUCAAAUAGUUACUACAUUUGAAUUUGAAUAUUGACUUCACAACCUUUAGAAAAGUACGCUCUAUAUAGUAUGAAAUAGGGCUGGGCCAAUUAUUGACAUUAUAUCGCGAUAAAAUUCAUGUCAAUAACAAUGAUAAGCUCUUGACUUUUUUUACUCUAUUUUAAUCCAAGAGCCAAUCACACAGCAGAAAUGUGCAACAAUGGGAAAAGUGUGUCUAUAUUAUCGGCCAAAAAUGUGUUAUGCCAUUUAUUGCACCCUCUAAUUUUUGCGGCUUCUGCCAUUGUUGGGGUGCUCUUUGGAAGCAUUAACAACUUCUAUCGAAAUAUAUAUUGUUAUCGUUCAAUAUGGAAAAUAUUGAAUUUUUGCCAUAUCGCCCAGCCCUAGUAUGAAUGCGUCUAGUAUGAAUGGAAUUGGGACGUACUACAUCCGCUAGUUAGCAUUCACAUGACCUACCCACGUCUCUUCACUCCCAUUUCAGAAAUUCUAUCACGCAGUAUAAUAGGAUAGCGUAGCGUCCAUUGGAUGCACAAUACAAAAUCUUGCCGGAAGUAGUAGUUACUUUGUUUUUAGUCCAAAUACCAAAGAGAUGUGUAAAUCAAGAAGCAUUUUCUAGACAAGCAAAUCAUAUUGUCUUGUUUUAAGAAAUAAUAUGCUAAAAUAAACAGAUUUUUCCCCCUUAAAACAUGCAAAAAAUCUGCCAAUGGGGUAAGCUAAAUAAUCUUGUUUUUCCUUUGGGUAUAAGAUUAUUUUGCUUACCUUAUUGGUAGAUUAUGUUGCUUGUUUUGUCAAACAAAUCACUUAAUUUUGGUUUAUUAUUUAUUAAAACAAGACAUUAUGAUUUGCUUGUCUAUAAAAUGCAUCUUGAUUGAUGAAUUUUGAGAUUUUCGGACAUAAAAACAAGAAAAAAAAUUUAAGAAAAGCAUAUUUUGAAUCUUCAUCAUUUUUUCAAAUACUUUGAAUUCAGACAUACUACACAGCUCGUGUACUGUUUUACACAUAGGGAAGUAUGCAAUUUUGGACGCAGCCUCGGCCAGUGACAUUAUAAAUUUUCUAACCAAGCACAGUAUUUUUCCAAUUUUCCAGCGGGAUACACUUAUUCAGGAGCAUUUCCAAUCAGGUCUGUAAGGUAAUAGAAAAACGCUUCCUGUAUUUAUUAGUAUUUAUUAGUUUUUUUUUAUUUAUCAGUGACAAGGAUCACUAUAAAUAGCAUUUUGUAACGCCUUUUUUAACAAAUGUAUAAUUAUCGGAAGCAGUGCCUUCCAUAAUUAUGACAGUUAUACUGUCGACAUAUGAAAGCAGCAUCUGCUAUGGAGAAAACCUUGUUUUCAAAAGCCGUGACCAGAGACUGACACAUAUUCUUUCUUUAAUCUAUUACAAGCUAUUUUCAGAAAGUGACUGGUGUCUUGUAGUCCUCAUGAACAUGGGUAUUUUAAAAAACACACUUUUUUCUGCUGUUUGUCUAUAUAAUUGUGUAACUGUAUUGACUGAUACCGAACCAUGUGGUUGUGAACACUACGAUUGGAGUUCUCGAACCAUAACUAGGGAUGGCCGACGUGAAACUGACGUUUCGACACGCUGUCGAGAUCAGGAAGCGAAAGUGUUUUAAAACACCUCACCGAAGCAUGAUCUGAAACACAUAGGUCACAUGACUGAAAUAUUUCGAAACACCAGGUCACAUGACUAAAGCGAUUUAAAUCAUCAUUCAUUUCAGAAGCGCUUUAAGACCAGGCGAAUCCGCAUUUGACUGACUGGGUCGGAAAAAAAACGAUUUCAUGUAGCCUAGUAGAGUAACUGUGCAGCAAAUGUAUCGCGUUCAAAUUCCAACUUGUACAUAUACUCUAAAAUGAUGACGUGAUGUAUUUUAAUAAGGUUACUUUUUUAUGAUCAAAACAAGAAAUAUUUAUUCGCAAAGUGUUUAUUCGUUAAAUGUUAAAACAAAACAUGUUACAAGAACAGAGCAUUUAAAAACUAACAUCUAUAGCUGCAUCACCCUGGAUUCGAACUUCACUAAAUCACUUGAAACCUCAACUCUAAAACGUGGAGUAUAAUUCCUUAAUUUACGCAAUGCAUAAAAAGCAAUACACAAAUGACCACUAGGUGUCACUGUAGAGAGGAGUUUCAUAACGUUUCGAAGCUUCGACAUAUUUGCUUCGAAUGUUUCAGUGUUUCAUGAAGCCUCGGUUUGCCCACCACUACCCAUAACAUCAGCAUGCGUGCUGUUUUCUCCUUUCUGAUUGGCCAACACGGCUGAGUUCACACCAAUCGCAAAAGACGCGAAGGAGGUAAAUUCCGAACAUUUACGAGAAACACACCACUGUAUUUCAUGUCAUUAACAACGCAGGACACCAAUCAUCUUUAGUGUUGUCACGAUACUGGAAUUCGAUACUAAUCGGUACUGGAGUUUUUAAAACAUCCCUUUCCUGCUAACAUUUGAGCGCAUUCUCAAACAGCGCUGAUUUGCUAUUAUGUUCACGUGUUUAACAGAAAUGACUGUGAUUGGCCGUGAAGGCCAUCAGCGGUAAGUUUGGUGAACUGAUGACCUUCACGGCCAAUCACAAUCCUUUCUGUUGAGCAUGUAAACACAAUGGCAAAUCAGCGCUGUUUAAGAACACACUGAACAACGCUCGAAUGUUAGUGGGAAAUAAACGUUUUUAAAAUUUCAGUACCGAUUAGUAUCGAAUUCCAGUAUCGUGGCAAAACUAAGUUCUCAUGUUUGCAUCGACUUGUAUGCGAUUACGAAAAUGUUUAAUUCCUUGUUAUUGCGGUGUCAAUGUCGCCCCCUAUUGGUUCAGCGUACCCUUUAACAUGCAUCACAGUGCGUUUUCAUGUCGACUGAGAUUUUAUUUAAAUUGAAAGCGGGAAAAAUUCGGUUUAUAAAAAUACCCAUGUGUAUAGUCUCUGGGAUCCUCCUUUUGAAUCAAUGUUGUACCUGAUCCAGAAUCAUUAUCGGGAGCAGUGUCUUCCAUAAUGCGAAGAAGAUGAUGGUAGUUUUUGCCUACCGAUGUGUUGAUAUCGAGGGCAGUGCCCCUCAUAUUUCACUGUGGCGUGGAUGUAAUUAUCGGGAACAGUGUUUCCCAUGAUGAUGUACAAAUCGUCUGUAUUCACACACUCUUGCCAUACUAUAGUUCUCUGUUGUGAGUCAGUUUCUCAUUACCGAUCAAGCGCUGUUGCCUUCUUCUGCCUUGGAUUGAUCAAACAUGGAGUGGAGACUCCAUAAGAUCCUCUUAUAAGCUUCUAGAAGAUUCUGUUCUGUUCUAUAAUUAUUAUUAUCAUUCGGUUUUCGUAUUUUGUUUGUUUCUGGUGCAGUAUCGACUUAUUUGUGCCUUGUAGAUUAAGAUGAAGCUUACCUCUUUUCUCUGUGUGUAUUUAACUUCCGCCAGAUUGUAUUGAUCUCCAUCAAACAGAGUAAGUUGUGAAGCUGUUUAGCCUGUUGGAUUUAAAGGGAUAGUUCACCCCAAAAUAAGACAUUUUGCUGUCUUACGGCAAUUUGUAACUUUGAUUUUCCUAUGAAUUCAUUUGAUUACAUUCCUACAGUUUUGUAUGAUUUGCUAAUCUCUCAAUGAUGGGUUUUAGGGGAUUUAGGGGUGGGGUUUGGUGCCACGCCUCAUUUUUAAAAUCAUACAUUUUUGUACGACUGAAUUCAUACAAAUUAGCCACUAAACUGACAAAACUUCACAUAGUUAUGUUUCCUCUUGUGUUCAGGCUGCAUAUUUUCUCAAUAUUUACUCAAAUUGAAUAAAAUGUAUUUCUUUUUUAACACAAAACAAGAUAUUCUGAACAAAAGCAGCCAUUGACACGUAAUUAGAACCGAAAAUACUACAGAAGCCACUGAUGUUUUUGUUUAUUUCCCCCAUUGUUUAGUAUAUUAUUGUGUUAUUUAGUAUAUUAUUGCUUUGAAACAAGCAGAGGAGGAGUAAAUGAUGACAGAAUGCUCAUUUUGGGGUAAAAUAUCUCUUUAAUAAUUCUCUAACGCCCCAUUCACACGGGGCAUCAGCUUCAACGCUUCUUAUUCACUUUAAAUAGGUGACGUCAGGCGUUACCCAAUUGCAUUGUGGAUGAAAGCGUCAGCCAAUCAGAUUGCUGUAUGCAAAUACUUCAGCUCAGACAGUGGCCUAUUGCUGACUAAUUUUAUUGGCUGACGCUGCUAUGACGAUCGCAUUAGUCUCAACUUCAGACACGCCCUCUGUCAAGCGUUGACGCUGAAGCCCCGUGUGAACGGGGCGUAAUGGUGCAGUUAUAUGAUAGCAAGAGAUGGUAAGAUCCUAUUAAGAGCUUCUAGAAGAUUAUUGUCUGUUCUGCUAUUACUCGGUUUUCGUAUUUUAUUUCGUUCUGGUGCAGUAUUGACUCAUUUGUGCCUUGUAGAUUUACCAUUUGUUUUUCUUUCUUUUCUUUUUGUUCCUUUCUUUGUGUAUUUAACUUUCCUCUGAUUGUAUUCAUUUUCUUCAGAGUAAAUUAUGAUGUUUUAAUAAGGUAGUUCACCCAAAGAUGGACAUUUCCUCACACUGAAAGUUAUAGUUCACCCAAAAAUGAACAUUUACUCACUAUUUACUCCACCCUCAAAUUUCUUUGUUCUGUUAAACGCAAAAGACGACAUUUUAAAGAAAUCUAUAACCCCCUAAUGUUUAGCUUUCUUUAAAAUACCUUCAUUUGUGUUCAGAAGAACAAAGAAGAGUGAGUAAAUGAUAGAAUUAAAAAAAUUUUGGUGAACUGUCCCUUUAAUAUUUCCCUAAUGGUGCAGUUAUAUCCUGGCUGUCAGAAGAGAGAUUAAAAUAAGAGUUGUAGUUGAAAAAUAUUUAUUUAACGAAAAAAAAACACAUAUAUGUAAAACGUUAAAGUAUAUAUAGCUGGAACAGAAGCUAUAUUAUGUGGAAUAUAUAGAAAUGAGAAUUAAAUAUUAUCCUUCAACGUCAGUUUCAUGAUUGUUUAUAAAUGCACAUCUUGUCAAAUGUUUCUAAAGCUUGCUGUUGCGUCGGUAGUGGCUUUAUUGUAGACACACUUCAUUUACUUCAUGCACUGAAUCUCAGUUUUAUUUGAUGUCUGCAAGUGAUUAAUAAAAAAGUUUGAACAAACUGG